CAGGAAGGGGGGGACCUGUGGUCAGGGAACUGUUCGUGGGCACAGCUGCGCAGUUCUGUCAGAGUGUCUGAUCGCCAGUUCCCAGCCCCGAAGCCCCCGUCCAAGAUGAUUCCAGCCGUGGUCUUGCUCUUGCUCCUUUUGGUGGAACAAGCAGCUGCCCUGGGAGAACCCCAGCUCUGCUAUAUCCUGGAUGCCAUCCUGUUUUUGUAUGGUAUUGUCCUUACCCUGCUCUACUGUCGGCUCAAGAUCCAGGUCCGAAAGGCAGCUAUAGCCAGCCGUGAGAAAUCAGAUGCUGUUUACACGGGCCUGAACACCCGGAACCAAGAGACAUACGAGACUCUGAAGCCUGAGAAACCACCCCAAUAGCUUUAGAACACAUCCUUGGUUGCAUUCUUUUUCUGAUUCUAGUUCUCUCUGACCCUCAUGGUUGCCAUCACUAUGCCACCUCCAUGCUUUUGAUGCUGGCUGACCUUACUCCCAUAAUGAUGGCAGUAAGGUCAGAUCUAAACUAAUGUACACUGGCAGUUCCUCGUUUCCAUUAAAGACUUACUUAACAGAUGUAUAUGUAUUCUUAUGUAUUCCUGUGCUCAAUCCCUUUUGCCUUCCCUGAUCCCCAAUCCUUGCUAAACACUGGAAAGGGAUUACCUUCCAAUAAAGCUGCCAUAGAUCUGA